AACAUCAUUUCAUCUCUAUUUUGGGUCUUCUUUCUUUAAUUAGAUUCACAAUUUUUUUCAGGUGUUUAGCUAACUGUUUUUAAUUUCUUAAAUUAAAUAAUUAAUUUGUUACUAAUUUAUUUGUUUCCAUAUGUGUUUUUUUUUUAAUUUUCAGGUAACCAAAAUCGGAAAUGUAUGCCAAAAUUGGAAAAUAAAAUGAAACCUCAUGGUAAUCCUGUAAAUAAAUUAAGUAUUUUGUGUGUGUGUGUGUGUGAUUUAUGCGACUAGAAUGAGUUUCAAUUUUAAUAAUGAGAUGAUCAUUAAAAUUCAACUGAUCUCCAAAAUUGUAUAGCACAAAAUAAAGCUGAACCCAAUUGAUAUAAGAGUGAGGUCACCUUACAUAACUAGAAUAAGUGAAGUCCAUUAUUAUAUUGGUUUGAUUAAGAAUUCAUUAAUAGUUUUGCACCAAGAAAUCGAAGUUUUGAGUCGUGGAAAAGAUAAAUUAUGGAGAUUAAUGAAACUAUAUAUAUAUAAAAGAUCUUCACCAUGGUAUAAAAAGUAUUGUCAAUCGUAGUGCAAUUAUACUUGAAUAUUUAGAAAUAAUUAUAAUUUUCAAUUGUAAAAUUAUCUAUUUAAUAUUUUCAUUAUUUUUAAUAUCAUAAUUAACCAAAGAAUAUUCGAGAAUUGUAUAGUACAAAAUAAAGACGAACCUUAGUAAAAAAAAUAAAAUAAAGACGAACCCAUUGAUAUAAGGAUGAGAUCACCUGACAACAUUAUUUAAAGUUUAUUUUCAAAAUACUUAUGUUUGUUUUCUUUCUUUUUCUGAUUUGUGUUUUAUUCAAGAUCUAAUCAAUAUUGUUAAUAUUAUUUGUGUACAAUAUUUAAUAUAAUAUUUUUACCUAGUUGUGUCACGUAGAAAAUGUACAAUUAAAAGAAGAUGACUGAAAAACUUAGGUAAAAAUCAAAUGAUAAGCAAGAAUUGUUUUAAUAUACCAUAUAAUGCUAAUAAUUCAAUAAAUUUUAAUUUUUAUAUGUGCUACAUUUUUUUAUAAAUUCCAUAUUUAAUACGAAAUAUAUUAUAUAUUAAUAAAUAUCAAAUUAACUUCAAAUAUAACUAAAUAAAUAUUUAAUAAAUAGUUGUCUUUAGUUUUUAGCAACAAUUUUAAAUUAUAUAUGCAUGUAUCAGUAUUGAAUUAAGUUAUAUAAAAUACACAAUUAAAAUGCUCUGUGUUCAUAAAGGUUAAAUAUGAACCUUAAAUUAUUUAAUUUUAACAUUUUAUAUUAUUUGAAUUUUAACUAGUUUUAUGAUAAUGUAGAUUAAUAUAAUUUAGUUGUAAAUGUGUUUAUGUAGUUCACAUUACAAUUUGAUAUUCAAGUGAAAUAUUUAUUGCUUUUUCACAUUAUUAAAUUUUCUAUAAAAUUUAUGCUUUCUGUAUUUAUAGAAACAAAUGUCGAUUGUUGUUCAAAAAAAGAAAAGAAACUAUUUGGUCAAAUUCGAAUAACAUUGUAAAUGCAAAUUUCAAUUUCUUUUUUUACAUUUAAUAUGUUUUAGUUCUCUAAAAAAUUAUAUUAAGCAGUCCACAUCACAAGUUCUUCAGAGAAAACUGCAUCAGUCACCAAAAACAAAGCACAAGGAGCUUGUUCUAAUCAUGCGACAAAACAACCUCAUCCGGUAUCGCUAGGCAACAGAUACGUUCUUUUGAUCAUACAACUGUCUAGGAAGUAGCCUUCUAGAAAAAUGAUAAAAAUAAAUGCGGGUCGCAAGGAGUUCCAAAUUUGGCAAGAUAUCCAUAAAUAGGCAAUUUGCCUAGUUUCAUGCACUAAGCUUAACCAUAAAAUCAUAUCCAUCACAUGCAUGUUGUUACAUAUCACGAAAAACAAGAGAUGACUGAGGAGAGCCCAGAGGAAGAUCAUGAAUCUCCUGAAGGAGCCGAAACGAAUCUAGGAAGCUCUUCUUUAAAGAACAACAACAUCAACAAUAAAGAACAAGAUCGAUUUCUUCCAAUUGCUAAUGUCGGAAGGAUCAUGAAAAAGGUUCUUCCCGGUAAUGGUAAGAUCUCGAAAGAUGCCAAAGAAACCGUUCAAGAAUGUGUAUCAGAAUUCAUCAGCUUUGUUACCGGUGAAGCUUCUGAUAAGUGUCAAAGAGAGAAGAGGAAAACCAUCAAUGGAGAUGACAUCAUUUGGGCCAUUACCACUUUAGGUUUCGAAGACUAUGUGGCUCCAUUAAAGAUCUAUCUCGGGAAAUACCGAGAAACCGAAGGAGAGAAAGUCAACAGCCCAAAACAAAGACAUCAACAACAACAACCGCAGCAUAAUCAUCAUUUUCAGUUUCAAGAACAAGACCAUAACAACAUUUCAUGUACUAGUUACAUCUCUCAGCAUCAUCCUUCUCCAUUUUUGCCUGCAGAUCAUCAACCUUUUCCAAAUCUCCCUUUCUCUCCUAAAUCGUUGCAAAAUCAGUUCCCGCAGCAGAAUGAUAACACUGAUUCCAUGGGACAGUGGUCAGUGUAAAACAUUUUUUUUUAAUUCCUUUUCUUUGUUUUAGAUAUACAUUAUAUUUUUUGUUUCGAGUACAUUUUGAUGCUUAUAUUCUUGCUAUACACACACACUUUUGACAUUUUCAGUAUGCUUAUAUUUCGUGUAACAGAAUACUUAAUAUUCUAGUCAGAUAAGAUAAAAUUAUCUUAAAUUGUAUAAGUGCAUUAAAUAAAUAUAUUUUCUUGGACUGAUUAUUGCUAAGCUUGUCUAUCAAAUCUAUAAGUGUCCUGUUUACUCUUAUGAUCGCAGCAACUAUGAAUUUGAUUGGAUAAAAAACAGCCCAAUUAUAUUUUUAUUUAGUUUUACAUAUAGAUAAGAGAGUAGCAAAUACGAAUUUGAUUGG